CACAACAUGUCAGUAGUGUCAGGUCUUCAAGGCUGCAUCACAAUGAAUGCUUUUCUCAUUCUUUUGAAUAGGUUUGAGGUCAUUCUUUUUAAAAACAUUCAUUUAAAAACCUCCACUCAUUGAAGUAUUUACUGUAGUAUUAUCUUUCCUUUUGUUUUAUCUGUCAAGUCAGUACCUGUAUGUCCCUGAGAAGAAUGGAGAGUGUCUCCGUGUGACCGAUGAAGAGGAGAAGACUGCCAUUCUCAAUGAAGUUCACGCAGGACACUUCGACUCAUGGGUCGUAUCACUGCUGCAGUACAGUGGAAAGACAGUUCGGAUCGGGUGGCCACAUGUACAGCAGCAGCAGGGAUGGAGUGACUGUGGACUGUUUACCAUCGCAAACAGCCUCACACUCUGCAUGGGUGGAGAUCCAGGUAAGUUAUGUUAGGAUCAAAAGCAAAUGCGUGAUCAUCUUUUUUCUUGUUUUGUAGAUGGAUCUCUUCCUCCUUUCCCGAGCUGUGAGAGAACCCCCCUCCCAGAGGUACAUUUCUGUGAUGUGGAGACCAGACAGGAUUGCACUGGAGCUGAUGGUGGAAUGCGGGAGGUGUGGUGAAUGGUUCCAUGGCCAGUGUGAAGAUCUACAGCCAGAUGACCUCAUCAGUAUGGAGGUGUGUAUGUGCUGCAUUUGCAGAGUUACACACAUGGAAGCAGCUGGGAGACACACAGACAGAAAUACAACAGAGAAUCCAGGAGAGACUGAAAGAAAUUGAGGAGCUGAAACAGACUGUGGAGUCACUGAAAAGAUCUGCAUGCAUAGAAAUAAAGGAAAGUGAGAAGAUCUUUACUGAGCUGAUCCGAUCCAUUGAGAAGAUCCACACUGAGGUUAUUGAGCUGAUUGGAGCUAACGAGAAGGCUGCAGUGAAUCAGGCUGAAGGACGCAUGAAGAAACUGGAGCAGGAGAUUGCUGAGCUAAGGAGGAGAAACGCUGAGCUGAAACAGCUUUCAGAGACAGAGGAUCACAUCCAUUUUCUACAGAAUUUCCAGUCUCUCUGUGCCCCUCCUGAAGCUGGAGACUUACCCAGCGUUACUGUCAAUACAGACAUCUCUUUUGAGGCUGUGAGGAAAGCUGUAUCUGAACUUAAAGACCAUAUUGAGGACUUCUGCAAGGGGGAAUUAGUCAAAAUAACCAAAACAGUGAAUGAAGUUGCAGUUUACAGUCUGCAGGCUCCAGAGCCAACAAACAGAGCUGAGUUUUUAAAAUAUUCCUGUCAGCUCACACUGGACCCCAACACAGCGUAUAGAAACCUCUGUCUGUCUGAAGGGAACAGAAAGGUGACACGGAGGAGAGAGACCCAGAGAUAUCCUCAUCACCCAGAGAGAUUUGACGUGUAUGACCAAGUGCUUUGCAGAGAGGGUUUGUCUGGGACUCGCUGUUACUGGGAGAUUGAGUGGAGUGGGGGAGGGGCUUCUAUAGGAGUCACAUAUAAAGGAAUCACCAGGAAAGGAGGGGAUCCUUCCUGUGUCCUUGGAAUCAAUGACAAGUCCUGGAGUUUGGAAUGCUCUGAUUCCAGUUACACUGCCCGGCACAAUAACAAUCACACUGCAAUAACUGCCCCCCACUCCCCCAGAAUAGGAGUGUAUCUGGACUUUAAUGUCGGCACGCUGUCCUUUUAUGGCGUCUCUGACACAAUGACCCUCCUGCACAGAUUCCAAACCACAUUCACUGAGCCGCUCUAUCCUGGGUUUGGGCUUCAUUGUUAUGGUUCCUCUGUAACAAUCUGCCAGCUGAACUAGACUGUUUUGUGUUGUAAGAAACCCUUUGUAUUGAACUCCCUGUCUGUCCUCUCCACUCCUCGGGUGAAGGGAAUGUUCAAUCUGUCACAACUUUGGAUGAAAGUUAGGGGGUAAAACGGCGCCACCUGCAGAGCGAAACGAGGUGAAUUAUUUGUUUUUAGCAACGAAUGGAUUUCAUACGAAGUAAC